AUGGCAUUUUGCAUCCAGGGUGUGAUACUCGGAUGCCGCCUGCGCUCGGAUGGGCCCCCGGGACACAUGAUCCCUGUGCCAGAGGCUCCGAGGCUGCAGCGGGACCCGGACGUCUCCUCCCGCCCGCGGGGGCUUCCUGGCCUUUGUUUGCAGAGCGGCCUCCCGAAUAACAGCAGGAUCCGGACAUCCCGCAUCCCCGAGCCGGUGCUUCCUUGCCAAGGAGUCCCCAGGGUGUUUAAGAAAGCGAGUCCCAACGGGAAGCUCACGGUCUACCUGGGCAAGCGGGACUUCGUGGAUCACAUCGACGUGGUGGAUCCCGUGGACGGCGUCGUGCUGGUGGACCCCGAGUACCUGAAGGAAAGGAAAGGUAAUGGGCUGGGCCUCCCCUUCCGCAAGGACCUGUUCGUGGCCAACGCGCAGGCCUUCCCGCCGGCGCCCGAGGACAGGAAGCCCCUGACGCGGCUGCAGGAGCGGCUCAUCAAGAAGCUGGGCGAGCACGCCUACCCCUUCACCUUCGAGAUCCCCCCCAACCUGCCCUGCUCCGUGACGCUGCAGCCGGGCCCCGAGGACACGGGCAAGGCCUGUGGGGUGGACUAUGAGGUCAAAGCGUUCUGUGCCGAGAACCUGGAGGAGAAAAUCCACAAGAGGAACUCGGUGCGCCUGGUGAUCCGCAAGGUGCAGUACGCCCCGGAGCGGCCCGGCCCCCAGCCCAUGGCCGAGACCACCCGGCAGUUCCUCAUGUCGGACAAGCCGCUGCAUCUCGAGGCCUCCCUGGACAAGGAGAUCUACUACCACGGGGAGCCCAUCAGCGUCAACGUCCACGUCACCAACAACACCAACAAGACGGUGAAGAAGAUCAAAAUCUCGGUGCGCCAAUACGCCGACAUCUGCCUCUUCAACACGGCGCAGUACAAGUGCCCCGUGGCCGUGGAGGACGCCGACGACGUGGUGGCCCCGAGCUCGACGUUCUGCAAGGUCUACACGCUGACCCCCUUCCUCGCCAACAACCGGGAGAAGCGCGGGCUGGCGCUCGACGGCAAGCUCAAGCACGAGGACACCAACCUGGCCUCCAGCACGCUGUUACGAGACGGCGCCAACAAGGAGAUCCUGGGCAUCAUCGUGUCCUACAAGGUGAAGGUGAAGCUGGUGGUGUCGCGAGGAGGCCUCCUGGGAGACCUGGCCUCUAGCGACGUCGCGGUGGAGCUGCCCUUCACGCUCAUGCACCCCAAGCCCAAGGAGGAGCCGCCGCACCGGGACGGUGAGUGCCGGCGCGGGAGCCUCAGCCUGGUGGCUCUUUCCUGGGAAGGAUUUGGGAAGAGCCGCAGCUGCCGAGCUGUGCAGCUGGGUGUGCUGAACCUCCCAUUCCGAGACUGCCCGAGAAAGAUCCCUGGGAGCUCUGGGAUCUCACUUGGGAAAUCCUCCAUCCCUGGGCAUACCUGA